AUGUUUAAUCAGAAUAAGAAGUCGUUUCUGUACCUGUGGGUGGGGGCGGGGAGGCAGCGUUUCCGAGAGACCUUGGGAAAGCAGCUUCUCCGCCCCGACGCUGAAACAGAAAAGUCCAACACUCGCCUCGCUAACUUACAGGGCCCAGCCGCGUUCCCGUCGUCGGCCGCCAACGUCGCGGAAGCCCUCCGGCCGCUCGCUCUGCUCCACGACGCCGGGCUGCUCCCCGCGCGGCCCCGCGGCCGAACGUCGUCCAGGCCCCGCCCACGUGACGGCCACGGCGACAGCGACCUCCGGGAAGACGCCCGCGGAACGCUGGGACUGGUAGUCCCCGUGCCGCGCCCGGCCCUACUCCGCCCUCAACCUCGGCGGCCAGGGGUCAGCCAGCGCCGGGGGAGCCACGCCCGGGACCUCGGCUCGCCGCGGACGAGAACGCAGGCCCCUCUGCGAGGACGUCUGACGACGCGGACGUCACGGGCUGGAAGAACCGGGGGACCAACACGGCGACAGGCGCGACCGAAUGGGAUUCUAAGUCAAAUGCAGUGUUACGGGUCGUGCGGAGUGAAAGUAAAAAUGGAUCACAACUUGAAAUCAGUACCCCCUUUGAUCAACGCAGCUUGUUCAAUGCUCGCGGAGCAUAACGCAGCACUGAGAGCUUCGCAACAGCGCUACGCGAAUAGAACUUGCACAAGAAAGAACUGGAAUUCGGUUGUAUUGCUACGGAUACAUUUCGCAGACGGAGAGCCCCCCGUCCAGUGUGACUGUGGAUACGACUGUGUACACGCUCAACAGGUGAUUUAAAACUUAAAACCAGGCAACCACCUUCAUUCGGAACUUGGAACUAAGAAUGUGCGUCAUGAAAAAGUGACACUUGCAAAGGUAUUUUACUGAUCAUCACUCCUGCUAGGGACACUUGGAAAAGGCAUGACCAAGGUAGCGGUUGAGUUACAAAUAAAUAAAUAAAUAAAUAAUAAAAUAAAGGUUCCAGGAAAACUGCGCAGCACCCUGGAGGCGAGGACUGAAACACCCGGUCUUGUCCAACCCGGGUUUCGCAUGUCCUUUCCAGGAGACGACAGGGCGGGCGUCUCCCGCGGGCGGGCAACGCCUGCGGCUGGACUUGGGACUGGAGCGCUGCCCUGCCAACCUCCCGUCGCCCCCACCUCUCCCUCCUCCAAGGCCCAGGACAACGACGUCCUCCUCCCCCUUCUCCUCUUUGGUGCCGCGAGCCAGGAGGCGGGAGUGACCCACAGCAGCUGACCCAGCCCAGGCACUGCCUCUUCCACAGCCCUCGGGACACAUCAUGGGCCCAGAUGCAGGUUUGCGGCACAGCAGCGACGACGCAGGCGGCGGCCCCGGCGACUCUCAACUGCCUCCCUAACCACCGAGACCACCGCCCAACACCGCCGAGAAGCCAUCGCCAUCACCGGCCG